AUGGUAGAUGAAGGCAACGCUACCAUGUCAGAGGCACAUCGAGUGCUAUCUAUUGCUACUACCAUAGCACCUUUGAACAUAAGAGCGUCAAAUCUGGCGGCGGAAUGGAAGGCUUGGAGUACGCAGUUCAAAAUAUUUCUGCGUGCAUCUGCUUUAGAUAAUCAAACCGAGCAAAGAAAAGUUGCACUUCUCUUGCACCAUCUGGGUGCAGAAUGUCUAAACAUUUUCACUUCGUUUAAUGUCGAUAUAGACAGCGUCCAAUAUGACGACUUAUGGAGCAAAAUGGAAAUGUAUUUCACUCCAAAAGUCAAUAUAGUAAUAGAGCGCCACAGGUUUUUUACAAAACGUCAAUCCUCGGAAGAGACAAUAAGUCAGUACGCUGCCGCAUUGCAAAAUCUUAGCAAAACUUGUGAAUUCGGGGAUAUACGUGAAGAUCUGGUAAGGGACAUUUUUAUAUGCGGUUUAUCACAAAAAUACAAUAAAAUAAAGGAGAGGCUCUUAAGCGAAGGCAACAUAAAAUUGCAUAAAGCGAUUGAAAUAGCUAAUAGCAUGGAACUAGCAAAAGAAAAUGCAGCCAUGAUACAACGUGAGCCAACCGAAAGCAUACAGGUAGCAGCUUUCAGAAAAUCUGCAUUGAACUACAAGGAGAAGAGUGCUAGACAGGCUCAGCAGCAAACAUCAAGAACGUGUGAUAAAUGUGGGCAAGUACAUAAAACCAAAUGUCCGGCAGAAGGUAAAAAAUGCUACACGUGCGGAAAAUUGAACCAUUUUGCAAAUGUCUGCUUUACAAAAUGGCGUAAAGGAAACAUGGGGAAUAACGGGCAAAAGAGAUAUGUGAGAAACGUAUACGAAGAGAGCGAGACAAGUGCAGAAGAGGAAGAAAAUGAAGAUCACGAGUCGCAAUUUUUCGUGGGCGGAAUACAUGUUGAAACUGUCAGGAACAAAAACUUAACAACAAAAACGAAUGUGAUAGGAGUGAGUAAAAUUGUUAGCAGUGGCAGAACUGGUGCGGUGAAAGACUGGAACAUUGAGGUGGAGAUACACAAUGCGAAGCUGAAGUGUCAAAUAGACACGGGGGCCCAGGCGAACUUACUAUCGAUCGAAAACUUUAAUAAAUUAAAUAUCGGUAAGCUAGAAAGUAAGAUAUGUCAUAAUAUUUUAACAUUCAGCGGGGAAAGAUUACCUCUACUAGGAAAAGUCAAUGUAAAAUUGUUGUAUAAAAAAGUAAGUUAUUCUGCUGAAUUUUAUGUCCUUAAUAUGAAAUGUAAAAAUGUGAUCGGUCUUGAAUUGGCUAUUAAAAUGAAUUUGGUAAAAAUGGUGACUACAAUAAGCUGUGAAUCAAAAGGCUGCGAGAGCCUGUUACAAAAAUAUGAAGAAGUUUUUAAAGGAUUAGGGCAGUUGGAAAGUGAGUGUCAUUUGAAAUUAAAGGAAAACUAUCAACCAGUAGUAGAUGCACCACGCAGAGUUCCAUUUGGACUUUUUGAGCCACUAAAAAGGGAGCUGUCCAGUAUGAUGAAGUUAAAGGUUAUAGAGCCAGUUAGUGAACCGACCGAAUGGGUCAACUCAAUAGUUUUAGUGGCUAAGCCCAACGGAGAUUUACGUGUGUGUUUGGACCCUAAAAAUUUAAACAAGGCUAUAGUCAGACCAAGAUUUUCCUUUCCGAACAUCGAUGAAUGUAAGUCGCAAAUGGCAGGUUCUAAAAUAUUCAGCACAUUAGAUGCUAACUCAGGUUUCUGGAUGAUACCAUUAGAUAUAGAAUCAUCAAAGUUAUGUACAUUUAACACGCCUUUUGGGCGUUACCGAUUUCUGAGAUUACCGUUUGGUAUCAAUGCAGCGCCGGAAAUUUUUCAUUCAGAAAUGAUUAGACUAUUCGGCCACAUUAAUGGUCUAAUAAUAUAUAUGGAUGAUUUUUUGAUCCAUGCUCCGAACGUUCAAAAACAUAAUGCCAUUUUAGAGUCAGUUUUGGAAAGGGCACAAAGUGUUGGGCUAAGGUUCAAUAAAUCAAAAUCGAAAUUUUUAAAGAAGGAAGUCAAAUUCGUUGGACACAUAUUUAGUGAAAAAGGCGUUAAGCCAGAUGAAGAGAAAAUUAAAUCUAUAGUUGAGAUGCCGGUACCAAAAAAUGUAAAAGAAUUACAGCGCUUUUUGGGAAUGAUUAACUACUUGGGUUGUUUUAUUGAUAGUCUGUCAGCAAAAAACGAAAUAUUUACGAGACCUUUUAAAGAAUGA